AAUGGGAGGUGAUGGGCACUGGCAGGGCCUUGAAUGCUUUGCUGUCAGACCUCCUCCAUGUCAGGGAUGUGGGUUGCUGAUGCCGCCUGCUUGCCUCUCUCUGCCCCAGAGGAGCUGUACGUGUGCCGAGCGGUGCUGCAUGCACGUGGCUGUCCAACCGUGGGAACCGGGCACGAUCAGAACGUCGUGCUUCAAGAGCCUCGCACGUGGUGCUGGCCUGGCUACUCCUGCCGAGGUCUAUGGCUGUAGGAUCCUGGCCGUGGAGCUGACAUCCAAGGACUUCAAACCAGUGGUGCAGGAAUUCCAAAGUAUCGAACUGUCCUGCAUCAUUACAUCCACCACGACGCCUGACCCCAGGAUCGAGUGGAAGAAGAUCCAGCACGGCGAAACCUCCUAUGUGUUCUUUGACAAUAAAAUGCAGGGAGACUUCGCGACGCGUGCAGAAAUUUACGGCCGGACAUCACUGGUGAUCAAAAACGUCACCCGCAUGGAUACAGCCACAUACCGCUGUGAAGUGGCGGCGCCCAACGACAAAAAGAACAUCGACGAACUUAACAUCGAGCUCACAGUGCUAGUGAAACCUGUGACUCCCAGAUGCAGAGUGCCUAAAGCCGUACCUGUGGGCAAAUCCGCUUCCCUUCACUGCCAGGAGAAUGAAGGCUACCCAGCCCCCAUUUACAGCUGGUACCGCAACAGCGAACCUUUACCGACAGACUCCAAAUCUAAUGCCAAAUUCCAGAAUUCCUCCUUCAUCUUGAAUCCAGAAACCGGCACUCUGGUUUUCCACGCUGUGCACAAGGGUGACACGGGCCGUUACUACUGUAUAGCAACGAAUGACGCCGGCGUCGCCAAGUGCGAGGAGCAAGAGAUGGAAGUCUAUGACCUUAAUAUUGCUGGGAUUGUUGGCGGAGUCCUGGUUGUCCUAGUGGUUUUGGUGCUGAUAACCCUUGGUAUCUGCUGUGCCUACAGAAGGGGCUACUUCGUAAACAACAAACAGAAUGGGAAAAACUACAAGACUCCUGCCAAACCAGAGGGUGUUAACUACAUCCGGACAGAUGAGGAGGGUGAUUUCAGACAUAAAUCUUCAUUUGUUAUAUGAGAUGCCAAUAAGAUACUGCAAGCCAGCAAGAACAAGUGUGAAAAUGCCUCCUCCAGGAACUCAAGAACAAAAGAUGAACAAAGUAUGCCUGGAAGAGUUUGUACACACAUGGACUUGAUAUUUUUUUUUUUUUUUUUUUGCCAAAGCUUAAGAACAUCCUCACUGCCCAGCCAUUCUCCCUCUCCCCACAACUGGCUCCCCCCAGAGAUGCUGAUCUGGAUCACCUCUUUCCUUUCUGAACUGCAGAAGCUUAUAGAACUUUCUUCUUUCUGUGGGGCAGGGCUAGAGACAGUGUACAAACCAAAUGGGGAAGCAGCAUUAGGUUAACAUGCAUCUUAAUGCGAUAGGCAAAAAGGCACUGACACAGCGCAAGAGACUAAAGAAUAAGAUUUAUCGAUGCAAUAGGAGAAAUCUGCUCACCCUAAUGUAUUUGGAAGUGUACUAGGCUUCUAUGACGUGCACAAAUGAGGGCUCCGAACCCUUCUUAGCAUAAUUUUAUCUUUGAAGCUUUGCUAGGAUGAUUUGACAAAAUAUCCAUCUCAUCGAUCCUACAAAUCCCCGUGUGUGAGCAUUUAUGCCACUAGCUGGCCACUGUCCAGAGCAUGGCAAUAGCCUCAACCAUUUGACUUUUGGGGACUUUAAGAUCCCAGAUUAGGCUUUGAUUCUGCAGGUCCAGAAUGAGCAGCUGAGUUGAGUCCACAGUGGGGAGGGGGUGCAGAUACCAUGCAGGCAACUAACAUGAGUUAAAAUGUCUUGGCCCUGCUGCCAUAUUUAACUUUUUACUCGCUGUGUAUGGCAUCAGUCCAAAAGGAUUGCUUUUGUACACGGCUUUACAAAAACUUUUACCACAUGAAGGCAGCUUUUCAUUCUAAUCAGCAAAGCAGGCUUGCCUGCUGUAUUUUACUAUGUCAGGAUGCUUGCAGUAGAGGUGGAAAAUCUUAAACGUUUCAAUAUCCCUCAAGUGAAAAUUGAAGCCAAAUGCAUUCUUUGGGACUAAUAUUUUCAAAAGGUACUGAGAUGUCUUCAAGCUUCUUUUUUUUUAAAACAGUUCCCAUUUUUUUUUUUUUGUAAAAUUCUGCAUUCUAAAUUUUUGCAAAGAUAUAUUUUGAUUACUUCAAAGAAGGUAACAUUUCUAUUUAAAAUGUAAAUAUGCUAUGCCAACAGUAUUAAAUAAUGUUGCUAUUUUUUAAAAAAAGUCAUUUUUAGGCUACAGACAGGAGCUCAAAUGCUGCGACAGCAGAGCACUGUCAGAGCAUAUCAGUAUUAUUGCAAAGAGUAUAGUAAAGCAACUUAAAAGGCUGCAGAUGAAGAUGCAUCCCUUUUCUCCUAACCUAGCUACAGCAAUUUCUGUGCCAAGAGAUCUUACAGGAUACAAAAUGGAGAGUCACUCAGGGAUGGGUUUUGUAACUUUAAGGUAGGAGCUAGUCAGCUUUUAUUUCAAAUGAUUUUUCUUGCAAGAAAACAUUUAUUUCUAAGAAAUAUUGUGUGAUUUUUUUUUUUAAUUCAAUUAUGACCCGGUAACAGAGUGACUUACGUACCACUCCCUAUGCAAGUUCUUAAGGUUAACUUUAAUU